AUGCCGGCUUUCUAUCCUCGUUCACUGCCUCGAGGCCAUCUGCCUCUGACGCCUCCAGAGUACGUACCGAGCUACUCUGCUAAUCCCUCUGUCAUGCAGUAUCCUCAGAGCUGCUACCCGAACCAUCCAAACGUUGGGCGUCAUGAGGAGGCCGGCUACGACUACUCUGCUCGCUGCGAUCAAUCUCAAGUUCCCGCAGCGGCGCAUCAGCCGAUGGUUUAUCACCCUAACGUUCCGGCCUAUCCUCAUCCCCAUGUGGGCCUCGCACCCGUCAAUCACUACUAUGAUCCAGUAAAUGGAUCCACACUCCCUCCGAUGCGACCCUACGAACAAUCACAGGCGAUCAGCGAUCCAUCACGAAAUCGCCAGGUCGCAGACCGUGGCCAGUCUCAGAAUCAUGCUCGUCAUAAUGCCCAGGAUGAGAAGGCCACCGGAGGAGUGUCGGCAAAGCUCGACUAUGACAUGGAGAUGAUGACAGACUUUGUGGCCGAAAUGGCACAGGGAAUCAUUCAACGACCCGGACAGCUCAUCGCACCGACCUAUCGCAAAUGGGUGAAUUCCGUCCUCACCGCGACCCGACUCCCGAAGGCGACCAUCUUGCUCAGCUUGCACUACCUGUCCAUCCGGAUGCAAAUCAUCUCGUCUCGCACCCCCCAGCGCCGCCAGGACGACCGUGGCGAUGUUCUUGAGAUGCUGACCACUGCACUGAUCUUGGGUAGCAAGUUUGCGGACGACAACACUUUCAUCAACCGUUCCUGGUCCGAAGUGAGCAGCAUCAAUGUGAAAACCUUGAAUCGGCUCGAACGCGAGUGGCUCGGCGACAUGGUCUACACCCUCCACCGCGAUCCCGCGGAACCGAACGGCUUCAACAACUGGCUGGCGCACUGGGAGGAAUACGAGUUCCAAUCGGUCGCCCGCUCGUCUCGCAACAAGCAAACUCACCUGACCGUCGAAACCAAUGGACUACUUACACCGCGUUCUCAUCACGAUGGCGUCGAUCCAACUCUUACACCACUUUCUGCGCACCCGCACUCGACCACGUAUCCAGCUCCGUCCCAACAAGCCCCUGCCAGCUACUCCAACCCCGCACCUCCACCGUACUCCCAGUACGACCCAUGGGCCAACUCACGCACCGAUUCGUCCCCCAUAUCGGCGCCUCACACCGGGCCAAACACCCCCGAGUACUACGGCACACCCGGCGUCUGGACCCCUACGGAAGGCUACUCUCGACGCACGAUGUUCGGCUUCCCUCCUCAGGGCCCUCCGCCUCAAUCGCAAGGACGCCUCGCGUCGACCCCUGCACCCGCCCCGGCCUACGGCGCGCCGCAUUAUCCGCAUCAUGCCUAUGGAGUGUGGACCGGCAAUGGAACUGUCAGUGGAGCGUAUUGGCGCGAGCAAUAUGCGCCGACUCAGCAGCCUCCGUAUAUGAUGGGGUAUGUGCCGCAGACCGUGGUAGGCUAG